AAGAGAAGUGACAGAUAUCCUAGAAGAUCAUAUGUGGGAUAAACAUCCGUCUAUCAUGGAAACAUCGUUAAAACCUUGGUGUCAGCAAUUUUUCCGUGUUGAUACAAGUAACAAAAUACAUAAAUGCGUCUUCAACAAUUGCAAUACCGAUCUAAAGAUCUUCCGUGGAACUAACACUUUAGAAGAACAUUUGGCCAAGGAACACGAAAUAGUUCAAGGAAGAACUGUCAAGCAGGAAGAAAGGACAGAAGAUACAAAAAUAUGGCAAUAUUUUAAAAACUCUGAAUUGUCUAUUGCAAAUUGCAAUCUAUGUUCCCAAGAAAUAAAAUAUCAACAGAUGGCCGAACUGGAGUUUCACAUAGAACAUGCACACCCGAAAAUAAUUAAAGAAGUAGAAAACGUUUUGUUACAUGGAAAUGAUUCGUUGAAAAGACGGUUUAAUUUUAAUGGCAAACAUUUGGCAACGUGUGAAUAUGGUUGCCAAUUAAGUAUAUUUCGUGGACUAGAUAACUUCCUAUGCCACUAUGCCGACAAACAUCAAAUAUUCUAGGUACGCUCCAGAGGUAACCACAUAAAAGCAGACAACCGGAGUAGCCUUGAAUGUUGAAUGAUUAGGGUUACCAUAUCUAAAAUUUCAAAACUAAAACUUCCAGGCCAAAAACUCCGGACAUUUUGUUUAUAACCCCGGACACAUACAAAAAUGCAACUGUAGGUUAAUAAAAUUGGUCAGAAACAUUUAUUGUAAUACAUAAAUAUGAAACAUUAAAGAAUAUAUUAUACAUACAUUAACAAAAAAUAGUUUACUGACUUUUACUUAGUAA